UCCAACUCUCUGACCAUCUUUGGCUGUUGUUUAAACCAACGUAUUAAAACAAAACUCCCUAAUCUUGUUAUAUAACAAGUUUCUGAGGUCAGAGCAAUGAUCAAGAAAACAGACAACUGCAGCCUGAUGGGAGCUGAGAUCCCACUUUCAUCCGAGUUCUUUAAAGUGAUUAAAAACGAGUUGUGGCUGUACCUCGUCCCCGCUGCACUGGCUGUCCUUCUACUGGCUCUGUUCCUGGAGGAAGUUGGCUUUUUCCUCCGCCACGUGCCUUCAUCCAGACACAGGUGCCUCAGCCUGUGGAUCUUGGGCAUGUAUCCGUUUUUUGCUAUACUUUUACAUCAGGUCUUCGGGAUGACCUCCAUCACUGCACUAUAUGUUCCCCGGUCCUCCUCAUUGUGCAAUUUUAUAGCUUCUUUAUAUCACUCCUUAACUCUGUUGAAGUUUAUGGGUCUUAUUGAAAACUUCUUUGGAGGGAAGACCCGAAUGCUUGAGGUGCUGGCAGGGGAACAGGUUUCUCCAGACCCUUUUCCCUGUUGCUGUUGCUGCUGUUUGCCCCUCAUCAACAUCAACAGGACAAGUCUAGGAUGGAUGACAGCUGCGGUUCUCCAGCUCUCUGUAGUCAGAACUCUUGUGUUCUUCAUCACACUCGUCCUCUGGACAGAUGAACAGUAUGACUAUGGUGAUGUUGAAUCAUUUGAUCCCAACAUUUAUGUAAAUGCAGUCAUUGGUGUGUCCACCUUCAUGUCCUAUUACGGCUACCUGCUGUUUUAUAAAGCAACCAGAAGAGCACUGCAUGGCUAUGGACUUCGAGCUAAAUUUGUUUGCAUCAUUGUUGUUUUAGUCCUGUGUGGACUUCAGAAUGGGAUUUUGGAAACUAUGGGAGCAUUAAAAGUUGUGCCUUGUGCACCUCCCUUUUCUGCUCUGUUUCGCUCUCAGUUAAUCUACCACUAUUCAGUAAUUGUGGAGAUGUUCUGCAUCAGUCUUUUUGCUCGCAACAUAUUCCGUAAAGUGGAGCCCAGUCCAGAAGAUGCUUAUGGUCUUGAGGAGAGAAUAAUCAGUCAUAAGGAAGUUCAAACAGAAACACAGUUGCCCUUCGCGGUUCAGCUCAGCUCCCAGGCAGAGGGGACAUGGUGCUCUAACCCUGGCUACAGCAGCGAUAGUGAAGACAGCUUGUGCAAAAUUGAGCACGCUCCCCUGGACCACUUUCCUUUUCCCUUACAGUCCAUGCCUCUGGAUUUGUCAGAGAGAGACAGUGAUAACCAACCUGAUGAGUAUAAGACCACAGAUCCCACAACCAUAAUAGUCAGUGCUGAAAUCAACUAUGUGGUAAAUAAUGAUGUCACUGUUGUAUAGCAGCCGAGAGCCAGAUAUAACCACCAAUGUUAUCUUGUUACUCUCAUGUAGUGGAAGUCUGAUAACAUUCAACCUCUGUGCUUCAGUUUGUUAACCACUGCUUGAUGUUUGUGUAAGUUUUACAUGACUUUAUCUUUUUAAUUGUAUGUCAUUGUCAAAUUGGGUUUCGAGUAAACUCAAUGAGGUAUUAGAAUUGUUUUGUAUAAAACAGAAAAUACUUCUAUGUAGUAUUUAUAAACACUUCCCAUAAUAAAGUUAACUCAUUUUGGAAACUAAUUUACAAACUUAACUAAAACACAAACAAUUUAGAAACUGUUUCCAAUAUCCUCAGGUGUAUACUGUUUUAUAAAGAAUUUGUAAACGUUUAUUGUCAGAAUUGUCACCAUAAAUAUUUUAUGAUUUUUACGAUCCAUAUGAUAAUUUCAUGAUGCAAAACAUUCAUAAAAUGUAUGUCAAAAAGCUUAUUAUUAAUGAUUAAUUCAGUUGGGUCCAAAUAUACAGUGCAGUAGUUUACGCCUGUAAGUAACAGUGCAAGAAGAAGAACAGUGUUUUUUCUUUUUUUUUUGUAUGCAUUUUAUCCAUUCAGUUUCACAUGUUCUAUGUUUUCCUAAAACUUGAAAAGUUGUGAAGAAUUU